AUGCGAGUCCCCACCGUCGACCCCAUCUUGCUCAUCUUCAAUGCGUUUCUUCCCGAUGAUGUGUGGUGGACAACCUUCUCUCUAUGGCUCGUGCGACUUGUAGCGUUGUCACUCCUCCUCCGAACUUAUAUCGUCCCAUGGACCAUUGGACGAGUUUCAAAGCACCUGAGAGUGCGAAGCAUCAGCCUGCGCUCUAUACGGGGAAUAUAUGCCAAGUUUGGAGGGUUGACAUUAUGGGUGGAAAGGAUUACAUGGUCUUGGGCGCCGACAGACGCUUCCCGCCGCCUCACUUUCGCUGUACAUGGGGCGCGGCUUCAGCUCGGCGAUAAGCCUGUAACUCAGGCUCACAGCGCCCACACAAAAUCUCAACUAACCCCCUCCUCCAUCGCCAAUCCCUUUUGGACACUAUUCUCCGCAUUCUACUCUUUCGCGGACCCAUUCGUCCGACCGUUAAUCCGCUCGUACUUCGCUGCCUGUCUUCGUCUGGUCAUUGGAUGGGUUCCGCGUUUGAGUCAAGCGCUGGCGCUGGAUCUACAUUCUCCAACACUAACAUUUGCCGACCUUCCCGGAGCGAAGAUUGUUACAACUACAAUCUCACUACGGACAGUUCUCGCAUUCUCUCAGACCGAGAGAGUCGUCGUUCCUCGUUCCCCACGGUCACGAACUUCAACUCAGGCUCGGUCUGUGGCUGCAUGGCGGCGCCGCUUUUACGAAGAGCUUACAUCGGAGAUUAUUGGGUCCAUGGAUGAGAACGACUUCUUCAAACUACCCGGGGCCAUUAAUUUCGAUGCGUCUUUGGGAUUCCGUCCCAGGAGCGGCACCAUUGACCCACAUAGCGUCAAUAUUUCACUGAGCCUUCCCGAUGCGCAUGUCAAUGUUGCGGCUCUGAUCACUUUGUUGAGCUCUAUCAAGCGGGCUUCACCUACUGUUGUUGAACCCGACGUGCAAAUUGUCGACGUCCCGCCCUCUUUCGAUCCUCCGCGUAUGGCCAUCCUUUCUCCCAGGACCUCGUUCUUCUCUCCAAUAUCGCCAACUUCCCCUCGGUCACCCUUCUUCGGAGCCUUCUCUGUUACAACGAAAACACGACGUGCAAUUCCUCCCUCCAUCAAGUUGAAGGAAUCUGUGGACAAGUCUAAACUGGUUUUUCUGGACAGUGUCAGUUUCCAAAUGUCGAGGCUAACUGCUACAUUCGGCGAUAAUCUUCAUGGGGAAGAGACGUACAAGGCAUGCGUGCAAGAUAUAAAUGUUGGUGCCAAGAUCAGCGACCCAGAGCACACGCCUCUUCAUCGCCGACUACUUGGUCACGGAGCAAAGACGAAAUUCAUUGAUGCUGAAGGCUACAUCUGUUCUUUCUCAACGGGUGAAAUCAAACUCGACCGCAAGACCUCCGUCAGCCAACUUCGUUUGUUGAUAAUCGAAUCCACCAAUAUCCAAGCAUUUGGCAGCCAGUGGCCGACUCCAUGGUUACACACCUCACCUUUCAUGACGGAGGACCCCAAUGCAUCGCUACUUGCUGUUCAUGCGCAUGUUGGUACCAUCGACAUGACUGAGCGUCUUGAUCGGCUGACUGCAUUAUUCGCCGACCACAAAUCACCUCCAGCGGCAGCAGUAGUGGAUGAUUCUCCUCCGGCUCCAGCUUUCGAAGGAACCGGUAUUGCUCUGCCUCGAAUUUCGUUUGAAGUGGAAUGUGAUCCGAUCUCCGUUCGGCUGAUCGUCGGAACAACAGCCGCUGAUCCGGCUGCACUGGCCUUCAACACUGACGGUUUCAUUGUGUCCGCGUCUACCCAUUACUCACAUCAUUAUCCGCGCUCGAAUUCUGCAGCAGCCUUGCCACUUUCAGAUUCACUACCUUUACAACUUCAUGGGACGCUGCAUGUUGUGCUUCGGCCUCUCUUCCUUCGAGUGUGUUCGACUCGAGGGAAUUUUGUGGACACUUCUUCCGAUGAUCCCGUCCUUCUUUCCAUGGAGGCACUUGAACUCUCCGGUUCUGGCACUGCAGAAGCGUUGAUCCACGAAGAUGGCCCCCCAACAGUGGACACGCAUUCGAAGAUUGUUUCUCUUCAUUGCACCACAGAUGCUCUGUGCGUCGAACUCUGGCAUCCUUUAGUCAUCAACACCCUGACUGGCAUCCUCUCCUCUCUACCUCCCAAGGCGCAACGGACCAAGGCAUCCACAUCUUCAACUUCGAUCCUCAAUAAACUCCCCAACGGCAUUUCCGCAACAUUCUCCCUUGCGCGAUGUGUCUUCAUGGUGACAGCCCCAGACAUCAAUCCUGAUGAUACCAUGGAUUUGUGUCGUGGCUUUGCUGCUCGUGCUACCGGCUUCUCGAUCCAGUACUGCUCCCUUCGCUCAAAUCCUGAUCGACAGGCGGAUUGGCGAUCAGCGACUCGGCAAAAGCUCUAUCUUCCUCAAGAGGCUCUGUUACCUGCCGUUCUCAACGCCUUACGCACCAACAGUACGGCUGUUUUCGUCUCUGUCUCUGUUCCAGACCUUGCUCUCCGCAGUGCGGUUUCGACACAAUAUGACGCUGAUGACCCCCUUCUUGCCGAGCGUGACGACCCGAAUCUCAAGGGACAGGAAUUUUUGGGUCUCAAAGGAUUCCAGCUCCAAAUAUCGCUGUCGAGUGGUACUUUCUGGCCAACUGUCAGUCUUACAGACAGUUGUGAUGUCGCCAUUGUCAUUCCGUAUUUGCGGGGAACUCUCCAACUUUCCCAUAUAUACAGUGUUCUAUUAGGCGUCUCAACACUCAAGCAACUAGCCCAGGCCCGCCCUAAUGUUUCCGCUGUACCGAGAGUAUCUGACUCAGCUGCUGUGCCCGGCCGUCCUCUGGUCUUGAAGACUACAGUGACCGUUCGGACUGUCCAAAUAAUGUGCAACUUGCUCAAGCAACAUGCUGUCCUUAGACUGGAUGCGAUCAAAUUGAUUGCCGCACCGGGAGCAUCAUUGAUCGCAACUUGGGAUCGAGCGAUUGCAUGGGUUCAAGUCUAUGCGCCAACAAGCGGUUUCGCGUCGGGAUAUACUCAUGAUCGCUGGGAAGAGUUUGCUUCUCUCCAGAAAUGGAAGAUUACGUUGCACACCGAUUCAAUUGAAGUUGAAGCAGACAAUGCUAAACUUCGCAUUCCCCAUGGCUUCAUCUUAUCUGAUCUUAUCUUCGACAUCAGCGUUAUUGUAAAGGCUGCUCGUCAUCUUUCUCGAAUAUGCUUCCUUGGAAGGUACUACGCAAUACCGACACCAGAGGCGGAAGGCCCCAAGAAAGUACCGAAAAUAAUGGUCAACAUUCGGUCCCUGAUUGCAGAGGCUGCAGAUGACCCCUUUGAAACUCGUCUCGGAGCCAUAUUUCGCACGGGCCUGGAAGCUGCAAGGACCCGCAAAGAUCGUGAACAGGCAUUUGCGGCCAAAGUCCAGAGUAUUCGAUUGGAAGAGAACUCCAAUGGUGACCGUCCACACGAGAAUCUGGACUACAACUUUGACGCGGUCCAUUCCAUAUCCAUCGACGAGGCCCGUGAACGGCUCAACGAGGUCCAUUCUGUUGACUGGGCUAUGCGUCUUAAUAUGGCAAAGCAUCGGCGAGCCAAAGAUGAAGAGUCUGUUACGCGGAAACAUUUCGGCUCCCUUCCAGUGAGAGUUGAUCGCGCGGUUCCCAAUUUGAUUUCGGUCGAGCCCGUCUCUCAGACCCCACCUCUUAUACGACUUGCUUUGACCAACAUAGCCCUCAAUGUCUCUCCUCCUUCCUUCCCCAUCGAUGGUCUCCCUCUGUUUCUCCACAAACAAGGCGGAGGUCUCCCACUUGACACCCAAUAUUCGCUGCUUGUUCCAAUGCACCUGAAUUUUGGACUGGCCUCCUUACGCGUCACAUUACGGGACUACCCACUGCCCCUCGUCUAUAUUCCUCCUCAUGAGGAUAAAACCCUUUUCGCUCUUGAUUUUGACAGCGAUUUGGUUAUUGCAGAGGAAAUGGGUACUGACCUUUCCGUUGACUGGGUCCACUGCUCGGUGGUUGGCUCCGAUUACGGGCUUCCUGGUGCUGCGCCGUUCUCUCUUUCGGUGCCCAAGACGAUCAUGCCGGUCAAGUCAUAUGCGAGUCCAGUCAUCGAUGUGACAACAACGGCUCCUACCAUUUUUACCUGGGGUGUGAGUUACCAACCGGCGACUCAAGAUCUCAUGCGAGUGGUGGAAACGUUGUCGAGUGCGCCUCGUGAUGCCUCGCCGGCGAUAGGUUUCUGGGACAAGAUGCGGCUUAUCUUCCAUUGGAACAUUCAGGCAGAUUUUACAGGAGAGGUGCGGUAUCAAAUGAAAGGCCUGCGUGACCCUCAUAUCAUCCACGAUGCCGGGGCGGGUUUCGCUCUUGUGUGGCAAGGAAAACCUAGGCUAUUGAUAGCACAGGAGAACAUUCACAAGGAGCUCAUCCAGGUGUUCAGCGAGUCCAUGAUCAUUGCGAUUCCCGAUUUCUCUUAUCUUCUACCCAAAACCAAACGCAAGCGUCGUCGUGAGGGAGAAAAAGUCCGCCCUUUUACCAAGAUAUGCGCCAAACUCGGAUCCGGUGUUUGUUUUGGAGUUGGCUUUGUGAUGGAAAGAGCCUGUGGCCCAGAAUGCGACACGUGUAGGGGCGCGGCGUUCUAUCGUAAAUGCCGUUUCUACGACUUCCGGCCGCACUAUGAUGUCAAGCUACAGAAGAAAUCGGGCGUGCCUGAGGUCAAGACCGCUAACGACACUUAUAAUGGUUUCCGGUCCGACUUCAUUCACCUCUCAACUUCAUUGUCCUGCGCACUCAAUGCGAAGUCUGGGGCAGACACGAACUCGAGCAACUUCCACUUGACUCCUCAAGUGUUUUCACAUUUUUGGUCGUGGUGGAAGCUUUUUGACAGUGUGCUCUCUCUGCCAAUUCGACAAGGUAGCGCGUGGCCUGCUCGACACAUAUCUCCCAAGUUUAGUCGUCAUUUGGCGACCCUCAAGUAUCGAAUAUCUAUCAAGCAUCUCUAUGUCAUGCAUGCCUAUCUCGACGAUUCCAGAGAAACAUGGGCGGAUGGCGUCACGCCUUGGAUCGGGGUUAAAGGAUUUAUUGACGAGUUCAGAGUCGAUAUGCACCAGCGAGAAGAGGAAGCACUUAUGCCUGGUGCCCGACCGGACACCAUGAAACUUGUGCGUCGAAAGCCGUUCUAUGCGGUUGAGCUUGUAAUCAACGGACUCGACCUCCGCGCAAUGCUUGCGACCUUUGAUGAUCCCAUCAAAGUCAGCGUUGGCGUCAGUGCAUCUCCGCAGCGAAGCAAUUAUCGCACUCGUACCGAUCUUCCUCGUGUCCCCCAUGAUUCGAUCUGGUAUGACCCGGACGAUUUUAUCGAGCUUGAUUGGACUCCGCAAUCGCCACCUUUGCUGCAUCUUUUGCAAGUUGUGACCUGUCCGCGCUUUACAUACUUCCGCAGGGCGGAUGCUGCGCAGGAUCAAGAGGAAAGCAGCAAAUUCGGAAUGGAGUCAACUCACACUUGCUUUAUUGGGAAGCAGCCUUCUGUUUUGGAAGUGCAGAUCGAUCUAGCAAAGGACCGCGUUAAUGAACUCCGGGGUUUGUCAAAGAAAGCAGAUGAAAAUGAUCCGGACAUCGCGACGACCAAGAAAAUGGAAAAAUUGCUGCUGGAUUACAUCGCUUUGCUUGAACAAACUCGAGCCGGGGCUCGCACCAACGGCGAAUCUGGAGACCACAGCUACCAUAUUCCAGCAGACACAGUUUCCGAGGCUGAAUGGGCCGAGUUUGACAAUGUCUAUCAAAUCCAAUGCCCCAAGAUAUUUUUAGAUAGUGCUAUUCGUGAUAUAAUGAUGCAAUAUUACUACUGCUCUCAAACACGCCGCGGCAUAGAGUACCAUAUGGCAACACGUGCGGUCAAGUUCAUUAGGGAUCAGGCAGAACAAGUUAGUGGCAUUGCCGGCUUGGACAAGCAUCAUUCCCUCGGUGCUGCUCAGGCUGCAGCCCAUGCCCUCAAGAAAAUCUUGACUGGCCACGAACGACCGUCUUUCGAAGAUGAAGGGUCUCCAUUAGAUCCUUCCAUCGGUCUGAACCCACUAGAUGGUUGGAUGGAGGGUGUUUCCUUGGUGAAGGGCCAUUGUUGCUUGCUACUCAAGCCACAAAUUGUGCUUCGCGAUGACUGGUCGUCUCAAAGGAGUUGUGUUGUUGCUGCUGUUCAAGCCAAACUCCAGUCGUAUGCCAUUAUGGACAACGGCAAUGUCGACGACCCGAUCAGCGGUAAAGUCAUGUCAAGAACAUUCACCACUCUUUCUGGGCUGCAGACCUUUUCUCCGGUUUCCGCAGACUACAGCGGAGAUGGCUGUGUCCCGCUUGAAGUGCUGAUUGACUUCCGCUGCGAAACUCAAGACUUUGAACGACUCGUACCGCAGACGGAUGCCACAUUCCACUACGACAAGUUCAACCGGCUACGACUGAGGAACAAUGUCACCUCUGUUGUUAGAUCCCAUCCAGGCAAGGCCCGUCUCGGUAACCACGACCAUCUCCACGACCAAACGGAUCUUAUCCAGGUCAACAUCCCUCGCUUCACAGUCACUGCUAUCGACCAACACUUCCAAAUCAUCUCUAAUAUUGUGGCCAAACUGCUCCUAUUUUCCGACGCCGCUCACAAAACUCGCAUGAAUACUCUAGAAACCUUGCUAUUUACUUAUGAUUUCAACGACCUCGCCUCUGUUGCAGACGUCGUUACUGACCUUCAAACUAAUUUCCGCGACGCUAUUGAUACUGAACUCAUGGCUGAUGUCGCUCAUCUAACCCCCGAAGCCGCCCAACUAGAGAUGCUCAAGCUCAAAGCUCACAAGAUGCUUCUUUCAGAGGAACUAGGCGGAUUAUUUGAGUGUAUUGCGCUCGCCCAGGACCAAAGGGACCACCAGAAUGACCCUAAAUCAGCACUACUUCUGCACACAUCAUCAUCCGAGAUUUCAUGGCGGAUGCUGGACGAACACAGAGAGCUACUGGCCAAGCUCGUUGUGCAAAACAUCGACUUCUUCUGGUUGAAACGACAGGACAGCUCAACAGUCAACAAUCUGACUGUCGGAAACCUUCAAGCUUUUGACGGCUCUCGGGACGCCCAAUGGGCCGAGAUUCUGAGCAAGCAUGAUGAGCCUCCAAAUCAUCCUUUACUCAAGCGUGGACUGUUUGUGCUCGCCAAUUGGUCUGUGUUGGCGCCUGUUGGUGGAAUCACCAUCUACGAAGCGUUCGAACUUAAUUUCCAUCCGAUGCGUCUUCAAGUUGACGCUAGAGUCGGGCGUCGGAUUAUGGAAUACGUUUGGCCUGGGCGGCGGGAUCGCAAACGGUUGAGCGAAGAAGAGACGCCUCCUACUGAGCAACCCUCGACUGAGGUUGUUUUAGCGCGCUCUUCACUAGACUCCCAAGUUGGGAAGAAAGCCACGUUAUCGGUGCCCGCGUUGGCACCUCCAAUGAGGCUUAGCUCUUCACGCUCCUUCACCGACCUACGCUCUGCGUCACUUUCGCCACCUUCAGCUCCACAAUUACAUCGCACAGCCUCAUCUGGAGAUUUGCACCAAGCAACUUUGCGACCUCCAGAACCAAUGAGGAGGAAAACUCGGUCAGACACCAGCCACAAGUCAGCACAGCUGACAAAGAAGGCUGGCGACGCCGCUGAAAUGAAGACGCGUUCUUCGCAGAAGAGUUUUGUGUUGGUCAAAAUAUCAAGUUUGAAUCUGUUGUUGAGUGUUAUGAAGGAGGAAUCGUUUGUGUGCCGAGACGCACAUAUUCGCACGCGAGACCUCGAGUUCCGCAAUCAAACGUGGAGUUUCGAAGAACUUGUUGGGCAGUUCAUUCCCUCAGAUAUGAGCUGGAGAGGAUGGGUUAAAAUGGCGUUCCACCAGCCUUUGGUGCCCGUGCUACCAGUUGCACGGGAGCUCAUAUCGAAGACCAAGUGGAUUGCGAGCCACAAAGAAGUUCAUGCCCCCAAAGCCUUACCGCCAGGCGAGGGUGGCGAGUUGAUUGAACGGCCGCAGUCUCCGCAUUUGCGUUGGGCGCGAAGGCGUAAAAAGAUGGAGACACCACCUCCACCGUCUAUACUACCCGGAACGUCCUUUACUGAUGAACCGACGGAGGAGGAAACCCCUUCACGGCCACCAAGUCGGAACCGCAAGUUUACCAUCAAGUUUGGACGCAAUAAAGGACAGCCAGAGGUGCCUAGUCAGUCGUAG